AUGAAGAAGAACCCCUCCCUCUCCCCGAAGAAGCGCCCAUGGCAACAAAUGAGGGCUCACCAAAGAAGAGAAGACCAUCUCAAAGAAUCCAAUAAAAAAAGAUCCUUCUGCGGCGACACCGAGCAGGAGCCAAUUACAAAACGGAUGACUUCGGAGGCCUAUCGCGAGGACGAUACGCAAAAGACGUUCUAUGCAAUGAUAGAUGCCACGGACAGCCAAAAUAAGAGGCAGCAGCGGCUUGAUGAUUAA